AUGUUUCAGAGUCAUUAAACGCCAAAGUAAACUUAUAAGCAACAACCAUAAAAAAUAUACUAGCAGAUUCACUAAAAGACUCUUCCUUGUAAAUCUUUAUCACCUACUCAAUUUGGCAAUCAAAAAAAGGGAAUGAUUGAAUUAGAGGAAUAAAAUCCUUCCACUCCACAGAAGUUGAAUUUAUCCAAAGGACUCAAGUUGCUAAAUGUGCCUUCACAAGGAAAUGAGAAUAGUUUUAGAGGAAGCAAUUAAAAGAAUCUAUUAGUCUCUGAUAGUCCAUUAAUGUCAAAUAAUAAAGAGAAUGGGGCAUCAAGUAGGAGAUUGAAUACAGACUCGACUCAGAUGGAUUUAAAUUCCUAAGUGAUCUUAUAAGAGAAUAGGAAAUUGAAUGAAAUGAUUCAAAGAUUAUUCAAGGAGAAAUAAGAGUUAGUUACAAUAAUAGAUAAAUAAAAGAAUGCAUAAUGUAUAAUGAGUAGUUAAGGAGGGGACAAUUUGAAUUUGAAUAGUUUAAAGGAGAGAAUUGAGAGAUUGGAGGGAGUCAUUGAUUUGUAGAGUGAAGAAAUUCUGUAAUGGAAAUAAAAAUAUAAACAAGCUUGUGAAUAAGAUGAGAGAGCAUAUGCAAUAGAAUAAAUGGAAUCUCAGAUUAUGAAAGUGGUGGAGGAGAAUGAGAGAUUAAAUAAUUUGGGAAAUGAUAAGGAUAAGCAAAUAGAAGAUUAAAGUAAUGAAAUAAUAGCAUUGCAGAAAAGAUAGUUUGAAUAAGAAUAAAAAAUGAAGGAUCAAUCAAAUUUAAUUAUCGCUUAUGAAGAAGAUACUAAAGAGUUGAAGAGACAAUACAAACAGAAAUUAAAUUUGAUUGAGAAACUAGAGUAAUAGUAGUAGUAAUAAUUACAAUAAAUACAUUAAUUACAGUAAUUGUAGAAUUAUAGUGAAAUAUCUUCGCAUUCUUCAUUUCAUGAGAAUAGGGAUCACUCUUAAAUUGUUUUGGAAUAGAUUCAGUUUUUAGAACAAACGUUAUCUGAAUUAUCUACUUAAUAUACAUCAUAAACUUUAGAAAACCAGAGGUUGUUGAGACAAAAUAAUAAUUUGAAGGAGGAACUGAUAUUGCAGUAAAAAGCUUUGGAUGAGAUACGUAAUUGUAGUAGAGGAGCUGUGAAUCCAAAAUUUCAAGAUGCUACUAAGUGCUUAAAGUUAAUGAGGGAGAAGAUUGCGAAGUCAUAAUAGAAAUGA